UUUACGACACGCCGAGCAGUAACGCCUUGCAUCCACUGCGCAUGUCAGUAAUUCUGUCUGUGUUUUGAGUUUAUGUAUGUGUGUCUGCGUGUGUGUCCUUUCCCACACGAGUUUACUGCAAUUCCGAAUUUUUACAACCACCGCCAGAAUGGCAGCUGCACCCCCGAAACCAGACGACUCUAGCCGGGGUAGCAGCACGCCCAGCGUCCUUGUCGGGGACGGGGACACUGAAGAGGCCGAGGAUUUCACCUCCUCUUCCCACUGCACAGAGCUGUCUCGGCGGCAGAACGAACAGAGGAAACAGGGAUUGUUCUGCGACGUGACGCUGGCCUUCAGCAGUGGGGCGGCAACCGGGAAUGUUCAGAGCUGUGAGCUUUCCGCUCACCGUUCUGUACUGGCCGCGGCUACGGACUAUUUCACGCCGUUGCUGGGAGGACAGUUCUCCGAGUCGCUGUCGGGUCGUGUUGAGUUGAAGGAAUGGAGCGCUGAAUUGGGACCAGACCCGGAGACGGUGGAGAGUGUCAUUCAGUACAUGUACAUCGGAGAAAUACGUGUGAGCACCUGCAAUGUGCAUGAAGUGUUAGAGCUUGCUGACAGGUUCCUGCUGCUGCACCUGAAGGAGUUCUGUGGGGAGUUCUUGAAGAAGAAGCUGAGCCUGGCCAACUGUGUGGCGGUGCACAGUCUGGCCCACAUGUACACCCUGGACCAGCUGGCUCUGCGGGCCGCAGACAUGAUCCGACGCAAUUUCCACAAGGUCAUCCAGGACGAGGAGUUCUACACCCUGCCCUUCCACCUGGUGAGGGACUGGCUGUCUGACGCAGAGAUCACCGUGGACGAGGAAGAGGUGCUGUUUGAGGCUGUGGUGAAGUGGGUCCAGAGGAACACAGAACAGCGGGGGAGGUACUUUGAGGAGUUGUUCCGUCUCCUCCGGCUACCCCAGAUUAAGCCCACAUGUCUGACGCGUGUGGUGAAGAAUGAGGCACUGGUGGCUGCCAACCAGGCCUGUCUCCGCCUGGUGUCCGAUGCCGUGGAGGGCCACGCCAUCCGCUGUGAGAACCUCAAGUCAGCUGACCUGGAGUUCUGGUCAUCCUACAUGGCCUCCUUCCAGCCGCGCUUCGGCCAGAACAUGGACGUGAUCAUGGUGGUGGGCGGGGUGUCGGAGGGGGGUGACUACCUGAGUGAAUGUGUGGGUUACUUCAUCUACGAGGACCGCUGGGUUAACCUGCCCCACAUCCACAACCACCUGGAUGGCCACGCCAUCGCCACCACAGAGUCCCACAUCUACGUAGCGGGAUCCAUGGAACCGGGCUUCGCCAAGACCGUGGAGCGCUAUAACCCCAACCGCAACACCUGGGAACAGGUGAGCAACCUGACCACACGUAAACACUCCUUUGGUCUCACCUGUAUCAAAGAUAUCCUGUAUAGCAUCGGUGGCCACGGCAACUUCAGCCCCGGCUUCAAGGACGUGAGCGUGUACGAGCCUGAGCCGGACAAGUGGCACAACCUGGAGUCGGCGCCCAAGAUCCUGCGGGACGUGAAGGCGGUGAGCGUGGAGGACCGCUACGUAUAUGUGACGGCGCGCACGCCGGUGGACACAGACAACGAGGACGGACUGAAGACGGUCACCACGCGUUACGACACAGAGAGCCGCCAGUGGCAGGACGUGGACUCCCUGCCGCUCAUAGACAACUACUGUGUGUUCCAGAUGGCCGUAGCCUCCACCAACUUCUACCACACAGCCUCCUGCUGCCCUAAGAGCUACACGGUGCGGAACGAGGCCGCCAAGCAGAAGAUCAGCUCCCACAUAUCAGACGAGAUCCUGGAGAGCUUGCCGCCCGAGGUCACCAGCGUCGAGGGCGCCGCCAUCUGCCACUUCGACGAGGACGUGUUUGUGAUCGGCGGCUGGAAGAACAGCGAUGAUGUGGACAAACAGUACCGCAAAGAGGCCUACCGCUACUCUGCCGAAAGGAAGCGCUGGAUGCUGCUGCCGCCCAUGCCCCAGCCACGCUGCCGCGCCACCGCCUGCCACGUGCGAAUCCCCUACCGCUUCCUGUACGGCUGCCAGCGCUACCCCAUGCCCCAGAACCUGGCCCGCCAGCGGGACCGUAUGCAGCAGAUGCAGCAGCUACACCGGCGCACCCUCACCCUGCGCAGGCAGCUGCAGUCUCAGAUCGAGUGCUGAGCUAUCGCAACCCCUGUCUGUCCAUCACAUCCACCCCAGUGGGGGAGCAGCCCAGUCCAGCUCCAAGCCCCAAACAUCCCCUGGAAGCCAUCGUCAUCAACCCCCACCCAUAACCUGCUGGAGCAGCGGCUCCUAUGUUGCUCUCAUGUUGGUUCUCUUUCAAGAGAACUCUGUGCCAGAUCAUCAGGUUGAGACUAUGGUGUUCAAGGCUGGGAGAUGUGGGAGGGAUGUGACUCUGUGCUGGCCAGGUGUUUGUCUAUGUGGGGAGGACAGGCUGAAUGUUAUAAAUGUGAAUAGAGUGUUGUACAGUGACCAACAUCGGACUACACUACGUAUGUACGUCAGGCACAGGUGAUGUUUAUCUUUUUAUACAUGCAUAUAGUAUAUAGUUGUAUAUGUAUACAUUUGUUAUAUAUAAAUAUUUUCUGUCCCCCUUUUAUGCUUAUAUGAUGUAGGCAAUGUGACCCUUCAAUAUGGCAGAAUCUAUAUUCCUCCAAUCCAAUGUGUUUAGUGAAGUCAGUCGCUCUCUAUGACAUUCCAUCAGGACACUGACAGUCUCUCCAUGCAAAUAUCAUUCAUACAUACAUACAUACAUACAUACAUACAUACAUACAUACAUACAUACACACACACACACACACACUGUCCAGCUGUCGGGACAGUACCAGUAUUGCGAUACUCGUUAGUGUCGUGGCAAGUGAACGUAACACGAAGCAGAUUUAACUUCGUUAGUAAAACAAACAUUUUAUGUCAUCCAGAGUCACAUUUCUUUUUCCAAGCUAUAGCACACAAUAUGUUACAUACAGCAGGUUAUUAAAGGACCUACGGGUUCGGUCUGUUUCGUUUGCCAUGGAAAAAUGAUUGCCAUACUGGUGUCUUCCUGGCCCUACCAGUCAGUCGGACCAAACCCUUACCAAUGCCUGAUGGCUUUUCUGUGCUUUAUACCAGCCUCAUCUGAAUGGCUCCGCUUGUUAUUAUAGCUUUGAUACAGUAGCUCAACAUGAAUGAAAGGAGAAUUGUCUUAUAUUUAUUAUCAGAUCUACGGUCCAAUCAAGAGUGGACAACUUAAUUAGUGAUUUACCAUCACUAUCUAUGUGGGCUGUGGUUUUCCCCUGUUUCCUUAAUGGAGCGCAGUAAAUUAGACUUCUCUCCUCCCCUGGUUGCUUAUUACUGACGAUCGAUAGUGUAUUUCUUUGAGAAGUCAGUGCAGAGAGGGGUAGUCGAGAGAGAAAUCUCCCAUGUGGCAUCAGUUAGAAAGAUAAGAAGUUGGAAAAGAGAUGGUGGGAGUCUGAGACAGAUGGAGAGAGUUUAUUCAUCCAUCCCCAUUCUGUUAAUUAGACUCGUGUGCACCCAUCCGUCUGCAAGAGUGAUGGUCAUCAUUCUGUUUAUGUCUGCGUCUUGUGGAAAAUUCUCAUUGUCAGUGUUUUCUGACAGGUAUCUUAAUUAAAAUAUUUGUAAUUACUUUUUUUUUUUACCCAAUUGGUAGUUCCAGUCUUGUCUCAUCUCUGCAACUCCCAUACAGACUCGGGAGAGGCGAUAGUCGAGAGCCGUGCGUCCUCCGAAACACAACACAAUGACCACUUAACCCGGAUGCCAGCCGCACCAAUGUGUUGGAGGAAACACCGUACACCUGGCGACUGUGUCAGCGUGCACUGCACCUGUCCCGCCACAGGAGUCGCUAGUGCGCGAUGAGACAAGCCAAAUCCUCUCCUAGCACUACGAUGCAGUGUCUUAGACCGCUUUUGCCACUCGGACGGCCCCUUAAUGAAACAAUCUUAACUUGGUAACAUUCCAUUGAUAAUUUGAAAUUCCAGCAACCAUUCUGUUGAAUUAUUCUUCAGUCUUCUGCUCGUCACAUUCCUGUUGGUAGGAAACAUUGUGUAGAAGGACCUAGGUGGGAGUUUAUGAAUGUUUCUCUUCUUAUUUUGUCUGCAUUGGUUUUAUUGAGUUUAAUGGCUGGAGGGUGUAGUUCCGAUGGGGGACUUGAUUACGUGUGUGUCUGCGUAUGGUAAAGAAUGCUGGACUAAGCUGGUGAAAAGCAUGCUUCGUAGUGCACUUGUCUACCCCUUAAUCAGUUUGUAAUAUUUAAGUCAGAGUGGGUUUACCU